UCUCUCUCUCUCUCUCUCUUUUUUGUCCUUUUAUUUUAAUUUUGAUUCAUUCUUCUUUUCUUUUUUUUUUUCUUGCUUUUGUUGAAUUGGCAUCUCAACAAUGCUUUCAAGUCGCCGCGGCACAACGAUCGAUGAGGAGAGCGCAGCCGACUUGCGUUUGACUGAGAAGUUCGAAAAGGCAAACUGCCUCUUCCCAGCAGAAGUCAAGCUCAUUCUCGAGGACCGCAAGAACGCUCACACAAACCCCGAGUCCGAGCUCAGCCGCAUCCCCAUCACAAACACACUCGAGAAGACUCUCGCCUAUGUACAGGCGUUCCCACAGUAUAAGAACACCGAAACAGCGCGCGAGGUUCGAAACAAACUCGAGCGCUUUGAAAAAUUCCGACAGUUCGAAAUUGCGGCACUAGCGAGCUUGUGUCCAGAGCAGGCAGAAGAAGCCAAGGCAUUGGUACCAAGCAUUUCUGGUUUGAUUUCAGAUGAAGAGUUGCAGAAUGUUUUGGACGAGCUCAACUCGAUGAAGGAUACGCAGAUGUAGAGCAUGACCCCCCCCAAAAAAAAGCAAACAAAAAAAAGAACUUUCAUACAGUAGCUUCCACUUCCCUCCCUUCAAAAACAGGCUGAAU